UGCACUGUGUAGGCUAUUCAUGGUUACAUAACCGUAACAGGUGCACUUUGGUCCGCUGAGAAAGUGGGAGUAUCAGUAUCAGCAUUUGGAAGAGGUCAAAUGAAUCUGCAUGUUCUGCUACACUGAGAAAACCCAGAAUGUCGAGGCAAAUGGAGUACGACUGCAUAGUGAUCGGAGCCGGAGUCCAGGGCUCUUUCACGGCGUAUCAACUUGCAAAAAAGAAGAAGGCGACUCUUCUGCUGGAGCAGUUCCUCCUGCCUCACACCCGAGGGAGCUCCCAUGGUCAAACCCGCAUCAUUCGCAAGGCCUAUGAAGAGGACUUCUACACCCACAUGAUGGAGGAGUGCUAUCAGCUGUGGGCUCAGCUGGAGAGAGAGGCCGGUGUCAAACUGUACAGACAAACAGGACUUCUGGUGAUGGGACCGGAGAACAGUCAGGAUUACCAGAUGAUGAAGAACACUCUGCAGAGGAACCAGGUUCCCACAGUGAUCCUGAAACGGGAUGAGUUCAGCAGCCACAUCCCCAACGUCAUCUUGUCUGAUGGAGAUGCAGCCUUUGUGGACACGACGGCUGGCGUGCUAUAUGCAGACCGUGCACUCCGAACUGUACAGGGGCAGUUUCAGAAAUUGGGCGGGGUUAUAAAAGAUGGACAAAAGGUGACGGACAUCAAGCCUGGCCCCGUCGUGACGGUGUCGACCUCUGGCGGCGUUUACCGAGCCAAGAGUGUGGUGAUCACCGCUGGACCCUGGGCCAACCGCCUGCUGUCGCACACUGGACUGCAACUCCCACUGCAGGUGGUGAGGAUCAACGUCUGCUACUGGAAGGAGAAGCAACCUGGUUUAUACAACGUAAAGCGACGCUUCCCUUGCUUCUUACACACAGGAAGUAAGGAGGCCAGAGACCACAUCUACGGCCUCCCAUCCAAUGAGUACCCAGGUCUGAUUAAGAUAUGCUACCACAAUGGUAGUGAGACAGACCCAGACAAGAGAGACAGGCAGACAGACAGGUCUGACAUCGACAUCCUCCGGCGCUACAUCACCCAUUGUUUCCCUGGUCUGGAACCUGAACCUGCCGUGGUGGAGAGCUGCCUAUAUACGCUUACACCAGACCGCCAUUUUGUUCUGGACUGCCACCCCACCCACAGCAACAUUGUUAUCGGAGCAGGAUUUUCAGGCCACGGCUUCAAGUUUGGACCACUCAUCGGCAAGCUGCUGUGUGAACUCAGCCAGGGAGAGGUGCCCUCUUAUGACCUUUCACCUUUCAGAAUCAGACGCUUCCAGGCAAAGAUGAAGUCAGCUCUGUAGAGCCAGGACCGGAUGAUUUUGUGGCUAAAUGGAACAUCUACAGUAUGAUUCAUAGUAAAGAUCUCCAUGUGAGCUAGGCCUCUGUUUCAAGAGGAAAUAUUUUAGCAAAAACAGAUGAAUUGCAGUUUAAUCAUGAGUCUUAACAUUUGGGAUUGUUGAGGUGUCUAUACUCCAAGCUGUGAAAUGCCAUUUAGUGCAUAUUGCACGUCACUCAUUUUGAUGCAAUCACUUGGCGAUAUGUAUUCCAUGCGGUGGGAUCAGCAAGAUGUUGAGCAUUCAGUGGAUGACCUUGUCAUGAAAGCAAUGAUUGGGGGCAGAAAUCUAUCUUAAUCGAUUGCAAAAAAUAUGAAAAUCAGCCUGAUGAUUCCUCCCAUUGGAGAGCAUUCUGCCCUGGAGCUGUGUAAGAAGCUAUUUUCUUUGCAUACCAAGUCCACUUGCUCUCUAAAGCAAUGAGAAACUCUUUUAUUACUGACUAAAAAUCAGUUGCCCUCAUGUCAGCCUUCACUUUGACCAGGGACCAAUCACAACUUACAACUAGACUCUACUCAUUGUUGUGCAGUUGUAAAUGCAUCCG